CACGAUUCGACUCAAUAUAGACCAGCUUGCUUUACAUAACCUCCGGUAUUUCUUCGUCGAGCAGUCGUAAACCCCAAAGGAAAAUGGCAAAGCAUCACCCCGAUCUAGUCAUGUGCCGCAAGCAGCCUGGCGUCGCCAUCGGUCGCCUCUGCGAAAAAUGCGAUGGGCUUUGCUGUAUCUGCAGUUCGUUUGUCAAUCCACAUACGUUGGUGCACAUUUGCGACGAAUGCAACUACGGUAGUUUAGAAGGCCGGUGUGUCAUAUGUGGGAAUGCGGGUGUUACGGACGCAUAUUAUUGCCGCGAAUGUGUACAACAAGAGAAAGAUAGAGACGGAUGCCCAAAAAUUGUAAACCUGGGAUCGACAAAAACAGAUCUGUUCUACGAGCGGAAAAAAUACGGCUUCAAGAAACGGUAGGAUCGUCAACAUUGCAGAUCAAUAUCAUUGGUUCUUGACGGAAUAUCGUCGACACACUGUCCGAUUGAUUGCUAUUUUUGCAUAUUGACGAUCCUUGCGAUUCGUCAAGCUUCGGUACAAGAAACGAAAGACAAAUUGCAACGAACUAACCAGUGGCAGCUUUUGCUUUUCCCAAACGACACUCCAUCGCCUUGACAUAGAGACUGCCCUUUUACAAGACUAUUUCUCAAUUAGGUAUCCUGUUGGUGACAGGGAAUCAAAGCUGAGUUCCUUCUGUACUAGUAAAUUUCCGUAUGUUUCACAAGAGUAGUGGUUCGCAGAAUCUGCGAGCCCUCAUAAAUGUCCUUUAUGGAUUGACCUUCACUAAAGGUUAUCUUUACAU